GAAGCCGCAGAAAUGCCUUGGCGCAGGACCCGGAGACGUCAUGGAUUCCUGAGUGUGGGGCUUUGCAGGAAAGCCCUGAGUCUCCGACAUGGACCGGCUCCAGGUUUCCAUGGCAAAGGCGCACAAACAUGAGGAAACACUGAGGGAAUCCCGUUAUUUUACAGCAUUGGACCAUUAUAAACACCCAGAGCGGGGAAGGAAGCCGCUCUUGAUACUCAAGUAAUCCUUAUAGAGCUCUAGGAAGGGGGACUUCAUACCAGAACCAUCGCUGUAGCUGAUGCGGCUGCAUGUUUUUUGACAAGAAAAAAGGGAGUUUGCGCGCAGCUGCUGUGUCGCAGCUUGAAGCUUUUUGAACGCGUACAGAAACUUUUUGUCUCAUUUCAACAUUUUUUAAACCGAAGAGCUUCUUCUGCUAUGGUUUUUAGCGGAAAGUAAUUUUUUAUUUUUAUUUUACUUUUCGCUUUUUUUUUUUCUUUUCCCCUCUCUCUCUCUCUCUCCAGAUGUUUAGAGAGACUUGGAGGCUGGCACAGUACCACACCAUGAGGUCGAUGGAUCAAGAUGACCCCAACCUUGCAUCUCACAAAGUCCUCAGCCCCGAGUCUGAGCAGGCUUUCCCUCUGGAGGAGGCCUCCCCUUACACCAUCAAGUCCUGCAGUCCCUCCUACAGUAACCACAACACCGAGGUCCUCGCGGGAUAUGACAACCCGGAGGCCAGAAACUAUCUGGACAGUACCCGGCCUGUAGGCCUCGCCCUGAGCCCGCGGAUCGAAAUCACCCCCUCCCGUGAGCACUACAACCAUGGACGGGACUCCCUGCAGAACCACCACCUGAACAUUAGCCCCAGACCCACCCUCACUGUGCCCGGCCAUGAUAACCUUGCCUACCGUGAGCCCCAGUGCCUGAGUCCAGCCAGCAGCAAUUCCUCCACCAGCUGGCACUCGGAGAGUUACUCCCCCUGGGCGUCUCCUUGUGUGUCCCCCAGCAGCGUCCAGAACCCCGGAGACCUCUGCCCCAGAUUACAGAACAUCCACACUGGCUCCCCUCGCACCUCCCCGGGCACCUCUCCCGGCACCAGCCUAGCUGAGGACAACUGUCUAGGACCCCGCUCCCCUUCCCCGAGGCCUGGCUCCCGCUCUGCUUCCCCGCAGGGCAAACGCACCUACGACAUGUACAGGAAUCCGGGCUUAGUCCCCGGACACCGCUCCCGCAGUCCCUCCCCUCACAGCGGCCAUGAAGAUCACAACAUAGGUGCCCACUAUACGCACAGCAGCCUUGCUGAUGCCAUGAAUGGUUUUGGCACCGGUCAGCCUGGCCUGGUGCCCACUAAGAUAGUCAAGACGUCCAACCAGGUUUACACUCUGUACCCAGAGAACCACGUAGAAGGGAACUACUUAGUGUCCUGCGACCAGGACAUAAAAACCAAACCUGCUGCAGAGCCUUUCUUUGUUAUCCCUCCAAUCUGGCCCAAGCCUCUGGUUUCCAGCAUCUGCAGCAUCCCCGUGGCUUCUCUUCCCCCGUUGGAGUGGCCGAUUCCCCGACGCACAGACCAGUAUGAGCUCCACAUCGAGGUGCAGCCCAAGCCGCACCACAGGGCGCACUAUGAGACGGAGGGAAGCAGGGGCGCGGUCAAAGCCCCGACGGGAGGACAUCCAGUUGUGCAGUUACAUGGCUACAGAGGCAAGGAGCCACUUGGCCUACAGAUCUUCAUCGGUACGGCCGAUGAGCGAAUCCUCAAGCCCCACGCCUUUUAUCAAGUCCACCGCAUCACUGGCAAGACGGUCACGACCACCAGCUAUGAGAAGAUUAUCCACGGCACCAAAGUCCUUGAGAUCCCGCUGGAGCCAAAGAACAACAUGAAAGCAAUAAUCGACUGUGCCGGGAUCCUGAAGCUCAGGAACGCCGACAUCGAGCUGAGGAAAGGCGAGACGGACGUCGGGCGGAAAAACACCCGAGUCCGCCUCGUGUUCCGCGUGCACAUACCUCAGCCCGGAGGACAGCACGUCUCUCUCCAAGUGGCCUCGCAUCCCAUCGAGUGCUCCCAGCGUUCAGCGCACGAGCUUCCCAUGGUGGAGAAGCAGGACAUGGACAGCUGCUCUGUGCUCGGAGGCCAGCAGAUGAUCCUGACUGGGCAGAACUUCAGCUCCGAUUCGAAGGUCAUUUUUAUGGAGAAAACUCAGGAUGGCCAGCAAAUCUGGGAAAUGGAAGCAACAGUGGACAAAGAUAAGAGCCAGCCAAGCAUGCUGUUCGUGGAGGUGCCGUCCUACCGAGACACGUCCGUCUGCCACUCUGUCAAAGUGAACUUCUACGUUAUUAACGGCAAGAGGAAGCGCAGCCAGCCUCAACAUUUCACCUACACGCCGCUGGCAUCUCCGUCCAUCAAGACCGAGCCUAUAGAUGAGUAUGAAGCAGACCACGUGGGUUUUGCCAUCCCCCAGAUCUUGGGUUUAUCCCCUCAUUCCUACUAUCAUAACCAACGCGGGGUGCUCCAUCCAGACAACGGCUUGGUCCCCGCUCUGGCUUCCUGCCAGCGUCUCGGCUCCAGCAUCCCGAAUCAAGACGCACGUUUCCAGCAGCAGAGCCCGGCCAUCGUCUACUCCCGCGGGGGGAAGAGUCUGAGCGGCAGCCCUGGCCUUUAUCAGCAGACUGGAGGGAUGAUGCCCGACCCCCACCGGUCGGUCCUGGUCCACACCGGCUCCCCGGCUCAGUCCGUAGGUCCCAUCGGUGCAGGUCAGCACCCUUCAAUAAUCCAAUUCUCCCCCACCAACCACCACCUGCUUCGGGCGGGAGACCCUCAAGCCCUCUCUGCUCCGCAGCCCGACAGCCAGCAGAUCAUCUACUGCGACGGCUACUCCCCGCAGUCAGCCACCUCCCUCUCACCCACUCCCACACAGGCUCAGGCUGCAGUGACCCACCCUCAGCACUAUCCCACCGUCAUCCAGCAGCAGUCGUACACGCAGAAGGGGCAGCAGAAAGGCCGCACUCCGCCCGGCACGGGGCAGAUGGAGGCUCCGGGGGGCGGACAGAGGAGGGUGACGGUCAAGGAGGAGAACUUGGACCAGGCCUACCUAGAUGAUGGUGAGUUGAAUGAGAUCAUAAGAAAGGAUCUGACAGGCGUUCAGGCCAGAGGGCAGACAUAGACGAGAGACCCGAGCAGGAAAUGACAACAUCCACCCACCUCCACCCCGUCCGCCAACACACACACACACACACACAGACGCGCUCACACGUCUUCAGCCUUCCAAGCAAGGUGACGCAUCCACCAACAAUCAGAUCUUCUCUUCCUCAUUUUUUUCCUUUACCCUUACAGAUAGAAAAUAUCAGCUCCCGGCUGCUGUGUUUGCUUUGGACGUUUUUCCUGCAACACACAGAACAAUUCAUUCGACCCAUAACGUCAACACCCAGCAGGUUUCCAACAAACUGAUGAGAAACAACAGUGGAAUGUGCCUUAUUUGUUUGAUUUUUCUCUUGCGGGUUGGUUUUUGGAUACAGUUUGCUGCAAUACAAUGGGGGAAAUGCAUUCCCAGAAAUAGCAUUAGCCAUUAUUGCCUCGUACUAGUGAAUUGAGCCAUGUAGCUUCAGAUUUGUGAAAGAAAAUGCCAAAAAAAAAUCAGCCCAAAUACGACGCGUCAAAGCCAAAAAAAGCUUGUCAUGUUUCUGUUCACACAGUUUCGUCUGUGUGCGUCUUCAUAUGCAGUUCUACAUGAAACGGUGAUCAUCUCAUUUGAAGUGCGUCUCACUCGUCGCACACUUUGCCUUAACCAUACGCAAAAUGAACUCUUGUGACGCCUCCUAAUAUGCACUGUUUUCAAUAACAGGGGGGGUCAAUGUUAUUACUUUAGUCAUGUGAAUAAUGUAUCAUUUUAUAUAUUCGUAAAAAAUAUAUACUGCAUUAUAUUCAGGUGAUAAUGCCAAAGUGGCUCGAGCAUGGGUCUACGUUUUUUAAAAAAAUCAUUUCUAUGCUCAGGUUUUUCGUCAAACCUGCGUUGAAAAUGAUUUAAACGUAUCUGAAGCUGAAGUAAGAGAUUUUGUAAACUCAAAGUUAAAGGUGGUCGUCUUGCUUUAAAAAAAAAGAAAAAAAAAUCUUUGGUUUAUUGCUCUUAAAGUUGAUUGUAACAACAUCUGUGGCUGCUUCUACAGUCCAAAACAAACCAAACAAAAAAUAUUCCAAAGCUUCUAACGUGUGUAUUGUUUUCUGUACAGUUGAAUUUUGCAUUUGUCUAUAACGACAAUCAUUAUACUCAAAGCUGAAUGCCUGCCUAUGCAGAAGCUUCGUGCUCCAUGAAGUAAAGAAGACACAUUUAUGCUCCGUGCACAGUGUGUGUAACAUACAGCUUGCAUUGAUGAGAGAAAAAAAAAAAGUAAUAUUUUUAUAAUAUUUUUAAUAUUUCACUGACUGAAUUGGAGUAGAUUAAAAGUGCCAAGUGCCAUUUGUAUGAUUGUAAAGAGAAAAAAUGUUGCAAAUGAAAUAAAAGGUAAGACUGAAUCUCAAUGUUUAAUAUUUGAUAUGGACCUAUUUGAAAGAGAUUUUAUUUUGUAAUAUUACUAAAGCUAACAUUAAUAUUUGUCAUUGAGCCAGUACAGCACAAGUGCAUUUGACAUUUCUUGAAUGUAAUCUAUAUGAAAUAGUUUUUUCCCCUUUUCUUUUUUUUUUCUGUAAAUAUUCGAUACAAAGUGUGAUUGUCCACGAUUAAGUUUGAGUAUAGACUAAAUAUAGAUUUGUCGUCUGUCGUGUAUCUUUAACUUGUCUGUGUUUUAGAAUAUACACAAUGUUAUAGUUACCAUCAUAUAUUCUAUAUCUGUUUUAUUACAAUGUAAACUUCUGAAGGGAAUUAUGAAACAUUACCUAAAAGUCUCCCCUUAAUAGGUUAUAUUUUUGUUUAUGCUUUUGUUAUUAUUAUUAUUAUUAUUAUUAUUAUUAUUAUUAUUAUUAUUAUUUGACAAUCUUUAAAGAAUGGUCAUGAAAAAGUUAUUAAUACUGUCUUAUUUUAUUUUUUCUCUGUUGAUAGUUGUUUCAUUUUGCGUCUACUACACUUUGUGCCUCCUUUUAAAAAAAAAAUCUCUGUUUCGUGCUAUUUUUGUAUCCUUAAAAGUAGCAAUAAAUAAUAACCAUAUA